AUGACUCAUGGUAUUCUUCAAGAUAAAGAUGCAUUCAAAAUCAAUAUAAGACAAGAGGAUGAUCAAAGCAAUAAUUGUAAGGAGUUCUUUGAAAAAGGGCUCAGCGCACUCUUAGCCGACGAACACUUUUUACUCUUAUACGUGCCUGAAAUCGGAGGCAGGAUGCAAAUUGUAAGACCGGCUAGCGAUCCAUACCAUCGACAGCGCAUGAUCCAAAAGAUUAAUGAAGCCAAAGGGGUUCCAUCGUUUUAUUACGCGUUGUCACAUCUUUGGGGCCUCACAGAAAACAACCGAUACCAUUGGAAUGAGAUUGCCGACUUUGUGGAUGACGAAGAUGGACAACCGGUGAAACCAGUUUCGAUGCGACCUGCGAAACGUGAUACAUUGCUUGCACUACUCCAAGACCAUCCUGAUAGUUAUUGGUGGAUUGACGUCCUAUGUGCACGUACCGAUACCCCUUUGGAUAUUAUGGGCGACAUCUAUUCUUGUUGCCUUGAAUGUGUUGCUAUGAUCGAUGGAGAUCCUAAUCUCAUACCACAACUCUAUACGCUGAUGAUGGAUGUGAAACAGGAAUUCCCUACGUAUUAUAAUAUGGAUCGAAAUGAUAUCCUGAAUUGUAAGCAAAACGAUAAAAGGUUGUCCAAGGCGACUGAGCUCGUAUUCGCAUUGAUGCAACGUAAAUGGUGGAAACGUGUUUGGACCUGGCAGGAGAUGGCUUUGCCUUUUGGGGACGUGCGUCUUGUACCCGAAUCAGGCACGCAUCAACCUUUAAGCAAAACAAUCACUGUGGAUGCUUUACUUGAUUACUUUCAAGCAAAUUUCAGGGUCGACCACGUAGCUCAUGCACUCGAGCCUAUUGAUUCUGAGACUGGGCUCACAAAUGCCAUGACGCUGCAUGCUUGGUUCACAGAGAUACUUCACGCUAGAAAAUCCAACGAGCAUCGAACCGGAAAAAAGCGUGCACAGGAAUUCAGCUACUUGGUUUCUUCAUUCAGCGAUUCCCCUAGGCGAUGCAUGGAUCCGGCUGAUUACGUGUAUGGUGUGUUGGGCGUAUUUCAGUUUAAAAUCCCAAGGAUGAACGAUCCAAAUGCUGUUUGGCACUACUUUUUAUCAGAACUUGAUAACUACAUGGAGACAACGGGCAUGAAGAACGACAAGUUUUCUGGAAAGAGAAUUACUGGAAUCAAUGACAAUGCAUACCGAAUCGAUUUACGGAAAGCUAAAGAUAUGGCUGAUGUAUACAAAGAUGAUUUAUUAGAGAUGACUUUUUGUUGA